UUGACAAGUCAAAGUCAAAUUAUUGGCAUUAUUGCUAAUGUAAUGUCAAACUGGUCAACAGUUUUCGCGUGUCGGUGUCUAUAUACUCGAUGUUAAGUGGUGUUUAUGAGAGAAAAUGAAUAAAAGCAGACCCUGGAACCAUAAUAAACACGAUCGCAACAUGCGAGGAGGCUUUAGGGGCGGUCGUGGGGGGGUGUGGAGGGGAAUGGGGAGCCACAGAGGGUUCAAGACUCAAUGGAAUAAUUCCGAGGGUUUUAGUGGUGGUAAUAGAUACCAGAACAACUUUAGCGGCAAUGGAAAGGGAAACUAUAGCGGGAAAAGUCAUUGGAUUCGGCAAAAGAAAGAAUCUCCUGGGAAACGUUUGUCGGAAGAAGAUAUUGGGGUGACAGAAUAUAUAAGCACUCAUGAGGGGUUCAAUGGCAUUAUUAAAUCAAGAUACUCAGAUUUCCAAGUAUCUGAGAUUAAUGAGCAAGGUGAGAUAGCAAAGUUGACAAACAAGCAGCCACCGGAAGCUCCUGAAGAGGAACUGAUCAGUGAAGACGAGGACCUUCUCCUCUCGAAGUACAACCUGGAAAUACUGCCAAUGGAGACAUGGGACAAGAUCAAUACUCUGGCUGUGAGCAAGGAAGAGGACCCUGAAUGUGUUGAGAUUGACAUGGCUGGAGUGACAAAGGAACAGAGAACAAAGAUUCAUGAUGCAGUUAAGAAAGCAUUUGGUGAGACCAUAGUGGGCAGUACUGUCAAUAUUGAAGACAAGAAGCUUAUGAGAUUCCAGAAGUAUAGGAAAGGAGUGCGCAUAGAUAACAGAGUGAAGUGGACAUGGCCAGGCGAAUACGUGUAUUUUAUCGUACACAAGGAAAACUGCGACACUAUGGAUGCGGCGGUACGCAUUGCGGAACGAAUUGGUGUACAUGUGAAGCCGUCGAUGCUGGGCUACGCGGGCACGAAGGACCGCCGCGCGAAGACCUCGCAGUGGUUCAGCGCUCGCCGCGUCGACCCGCGCAAGUUCGUGCACUCGUGUCGAUACCUCAGAGACAUACACGUCGGGAACUUCACGUUUAAGGAUACUAACUUGAAGCUUGGCAUGCUCAAAGGGAACAGAUUUCGCAUCGCACUCCGUAACGUGACUGCACCGGAUGAGCUUAUAGACCAAGCGUGCAGGAACUUGCAGGAACUGGGCUUCAUCAACUAUUACGGGUUGCAGCGAUUUGGGUCGAGAUUCGACACGCCUACCUAUAAUAUAGGAUUGAAGCUUCUACAGGGGAACUUUAAAGAGGCCAUCGACGCGAUCCUGGAGGUGCGCGAGGGCCCGCUGGAGCCGGCGCUGCGCAUGUACGCGGCGUGCGGCGCGGACGGCGCGGCGCCCGCCGUGAAGGCGCUGCCGCGACACGCCGCCGCGCACUCCGAGGUGCGCCUGCUGCGCGCGCUGGCCGCCGCGCCGCACGACCUGCUCGGCGCGCUCGCCAAGUUGGCCCGCAACACCCGCCUGCUGUACCUGCACUCGUACCAGUCCCUGAUCUGGAACCGCGCGGUGUCGGAGCGAAUCCGCCGCUUCGGCCUCAAGCCGGCUGUCGGGGACCUCGUGGCCCUCACGCAGCUCGAAACUCAAGAUGACCUCGUUGACGAAGAAGAAUCAGAUACCGAAGAAAAUCAAACGGAUGACGAGCAAACGAAGACCGAUUUUUCAGAAGACGUCACGUUUAAAGUCAAAGAAGAGGCCAAAGACUCCAACAGUGACGCCAAGGACAAAGACAUGAAACAAGAGACCGCAAACACAGAGAACAAGAAAACAGACACGCAAACAGACAAGAAACAAGAAGACAAACCUAAACCGAAAGUACCAGUGAAGGUAUUAACUCAAGAAGAUGUGGAUAGUGGGAAAUAUAGUAUUAAUGACAUUGUGAUGCCUCUACCUGGUUAUUACAUAGAGUAUCCGCCCAAUAUGGUGGACUUUUAUGAGGAGCAGUUGAAGAAAGAUAACCUGACGCUGGAGUUGCGGCAUAGAAUUAAGAGCUACAGCAUGUCGGGCGCGUACCGGCUGCUGGCGGUGCGGCCGCGCGACGUGUGCUGGCGCUGCGUGCGCUACUCGGACCCCUUCGCGGACCUCAUCGCCUCCGACCUGGACGACCUGCACAACAAACCUAUCACGGCCAUCGUCGACGAUGGAAAAUACAAAGCGCUUCUCCUGAACAUGACGUUACCAGCCAGUUGUUACGCCACAAUGGCGUUAAGAGAACUACUUAAAGUGGAUACUUCAAGUGACAACCAAGCAUUACAGAAUAACUACCACAAGAGUAGAACCAGUUCCAAGGGAGAGGAGAGUGACAGUGGGGAGAAGAGAAAGAUGGAGACAGAGUCAGAGGAAGAAGCUAAGAAAAUCAAAACGGAGGAAUAAAAAAGAAGAAUUGAAAAAUAGAGGAAUAAAAAACCACGGAAUAAAAUAUACUAUAAGUAGUGAAUUGUUUUAUUUGUAACUUUAUUGUGCAGAUCUGUAAUAGAGUAUAAUAGUUAGUUAAUUACAUAUAAUUGGCUUUAUCUUAAUUAUUAUUAGCCUGUAGACUUCCAAUACUUAUUAUGGGCAUUACAGAUUUUAAACUAUC